GUGGCCGUCUCGGUCGAUACUUUCCUCUCUCACCUGCUCAUCUUCCUCGACCCAGCACAUUCAGGCCUCUUUCACAUGCUGACGACCAAGAACGCAUGACGACACUCUGACCUCCGACGCCGACAAACACGACAUGACUGCCACGCGCCCUCGACCGCUCAAACGUGGGAUUCUCGUUCCCGUGCCCACUUUUUUCAGAUCGGACGAGCAGCAAUCUUUGGAUCUCGACACUUUUCGAAAGCAUGUGCGAUGGGUAGCUCCGGCGGCAGUGAUGGGCUUGGUCGUGCUGGGCAGCAGCGGAGAAGGGGUCUCGCUCACUUACCAAGAGGCCGAACAGGUGGUCAGGGCAUGUCGGGACGAGCUGGACAAGGCGGGCCUCCUUCACACGCCCAUCAUUGCCGGAGCCUCUGGACAGUCGCUGGUCACGGCAUUGAGCGCUAUCGAGAGCGUGCACGGAGCAGGAGCAGAUUAUGCAUUGGUCUUGCCAUCAUCGUACUACCAUCAACACAUUGGGGAGCAAGGUGCGCAAAACUACUACGAGCGACUAGCAGAUCGAGCUGCUCUUCCGAUCAUGAUCUAUUCGUAUCCUGGAGUCACGGCAGGCGUGGACUUGUCUGCCGAGCUCAUCUCUGCUCUUGCAGAGCACCCAAACAUACGUGGGAUCAAGCAUACCGAUCACGACAUCAGCAAGAUCGGUCGAACUGCGGCCAGCUGCGCUCUAGACAAGCAAGGCAAGAGGUUCUUGGUUUAUGCCGGCGCUUCAGAUUACUUGAUAGGCGCUUUGUCCGUAGGUGCGCACGGAGCUAUCUCCGCCAUGGCGAACGUGGCCCCGCGAACAGUCCUCGCAUGCUUCGAUUUGUGGAAUGCUAGGCAAAGAGAUAGAGCGUUGGAAGUUCAGCGCAUCUUGUCCAGCGCGGAAUGGGAGCUUACAAAAGGAGGCGUACCUAUGCUGAAAGCCCUAUUGGAAGUAUACAAGGGCUACGGAGGCAGUCCACGUCUGCCUCUCGUGUCAACCGAAUUGGAAGACAAGACAAGCGUACGUGCGACGUUCGAGCAGCUGAUGGAGCUCGAACGCAAAUGCGCAGAGCCUCAAGAUGCUUCCCUGUCACGCAUCCGGGCCUCAUCAGAUGACGACGAGGAUUCGGAACCGGACGAGGAGCAGCUGGAGGAGAGCAGGAGGAGGCUGGGCGAGGCUACAAAGGAACUGGGCGCUGCUCGAGAAGCGCUUCGCAAUGCUUAUCGUUGA